AUGAUGAAAUUAGUGGACCAAGUUGUUCGAAGUUUUAAAGUGGCUAAGGUGUUUCGAGAAAACACAGACAAAAUAAACAGUAUUGACUUUUCCCCAAGUGGUGAGACUUUAAUAUCAUGUAGUGAAGACGAUCAAAUAGUAAUUUAUGACUGCGAAAAGGGCACACAAAUGAUUACAGUCAAUAGUAAAAAAUACGGCGUCGAUCUUAUACAUUUUACACACGCCAAGAACACUGCUAUUCACAGUUCAACAAAAGUUGAUGACACUAUCCGGUAUUUGUCGCUACAUGAUAACAAAUACAUACGAUAUUUCCCGGGGCAUACAAAGAAAGUGGUGACUUUAUGUUUGUCACCGGUUGAAGACACGUUUCUUUCAGGAUCAUUAGACAAAACAUUACGAUUAUGGGACCUACGUUCCCCUAAUUGCCAAGGUUUAAUGCAUUUGUCAGGAAGACCUGUUGCAGCUUAUGACCCUGAAGGACUGAUAUUCGCUGCGGGUGUUAAUUCAGAAAGUAUCAAACUAUACGAUUUAAGAUCAUUUGACAAAGGUCCUUUUGUUACUUUUAAAUUAAAUCAGGAAAAGGAAUGUGACUGGACAGGAUUGAAAUUCUCCAGAGAUGGUAAAACAAUGUUAAUCAGUACAAAUGGGUCAAUAAUCCGUUUAGUAGAUGCAUACCAUGGUACACCUUUGCAGACAUUUACUGGGCAUCUUAAUAAUAAAGGUAUACCCAUAGAAGCAUCAUUCAGUCCAGAUUCUCAAUACAUUUUCAGUGGCUCCACAGAUGGAAGAGUUCAUGUCUGGAAUGCUGACACUGGUUACAAAGUGUGUGUUUUAAAUGGUGAUCAUCCUGCACCAAUACAAUGUGUACAAUUCAAUCCUAAAUUUAUGAUGCUGGCUUCAGCAUGUACCAAUAUGGCAUUUUGGUUACCAACAUUGGAUGAUGUUUGA